UCAGGUGGCAGUCAGACGGCCUUUGUUUGUUAGCAGUCGAAGCCUCGAUCUCGUCCGAAAACCGUCAAACAAAAUGGACAUCAACGAAGCCGCAAAAAACUCGACCAGCGUCAGUGGUCAAUCGCAAGCUGAGCUGUUUUACAUCGGAAUCCCCUUGCUGGGUCUGCUUGCGGCCAUUUCCAUUGUGUUUGUGGUGGUCUAUCUUAUGCGGAAAAGGCACCAGUCAACCGGAGACACUGAACUGGGACCUCUGACCGGCGGCAGUCCCGGGCCGUGCAGCCCUCUGCCUUUGGCGCCGAAACCUGCAGCAAGUUCUCAAACUCAACCAUCUAAAGCUAACAAUUCAUCAGACGACGCCAAGUCUAAUGUUAAAGAAAAAGCUACCAGAGAGAUUAAAAAUGCCUUAAUGGCCACCCAGGGGGACUCCUGUUUCAACGAGUCGUUCGACCAGGCAGACUAUUUUUACGAUGCCCUGGAUGGACCAGAUUUGUCUAAAGACAUGAUUGGGUACAACCUCCAAAAGAAAUUUAAGGACGUGGUUUUCAUGAAACAGAAGAAGGAUGUUAUGGUGGCUGGUGUAAGAGAAGUACUGUUGUGGUGUCGAGUGUGCGAAGUCCUGAAAAAUUACAGCGAUUUUUGUCAAUUAUGCAAAAAUGCCAAAGUCGUGUUUGUAUUGAAAUGUCCCCACUUCACCAGAGUUUGUCUCUCGUGUCUAUGUGACCAGCCCUCCUGCCCAAAAGAUGCAUGCACUUGGGAUCACGAAAGCGUCAAAAUCAUGAAAGAUCAAGCUUCCAUGUAAUUCAAAAAAGAAAAUUUUCUAUCAUAUCAAAUUUAAUUAAACUGUUCUUGCAUUAUAAUUUAAGAAUAAAUAAACAUGAAUCA